AUGGAUGCCGAACGGCAGAGGUCCCCAGCCAGGAUCAACGCACACUUACGGGACUCACGAAUGAGGGUCCUUGGAGACAAAUCGCCCCUCAGAAAAGUCCAGGGUUUGGGGCCAGAGGCAGAAUCUGACGACGAGUAUGCCCCCUCCAAAGGCACCGAGUCACACUACCGUUCGGAAACUCCCAUGGAGUUUUCGAAGGCAAGAGAACCGUGUCCGAGGAGAAAAUCUCAAGACUAUAUUUCUGAGGAGAUCCCAAGCCGAGACCCGGUAAUCCGUCUGCUCUUCCAGAGAAUCCAGAAGAUGAAGGACGACCAAACCCGGUCCCAGGAGCCCAACUGGGGGAAACUUCAGCCAGGACCCUUUACCGAGCGCAUCAAGAAGUCCAGACCAGACAGGGAGACGGACCGUCUGUACUCUGCCGAUGACCUGUACAUGGUUUGGCAAAGAGAAGACGAACCCCUACGGGAAUAUGCCGCAUGCUUCAGUCAUGAGUACUCGAGGUGUCUGAAGACGGAUGAUAGGGUAGCCUAUGGCGCCUUCAAGAGUGGCCUUUGGUCCUCUCACUUUCGGUACCUAGUACACAGCAGCAACUGGCGCACUUAUGACGAGCUGAUGAAGCAGGCGGCGGUGCAUGCCAAGGCCGAAUACUUUAACUCCAAGCCCGGGCCUUCGGCUCGGCAGGAAGGAUCGGCAACGAAGAGCUAUCCCGGGCGGACUGACGAUUCUUCGGCAAGACACAAGAGGAAGGAUGAUCGUGAUCAUCGGCAGGGCAACUCAAAGAAGGGGCGUGGGAAAUAUGGUCGCAACGACCACCGAGCACCGUUGCCGAAUCCCGACCGCGCUCAGGAAGUCUUCACACUGCUGAACACGACAUAUGAGGCCUUCUUGAUGAACGAGCAUGACCAAAUCUCGAAGCCAAACCACCGAAAGCCCAAUUGGCAGGAUAAUAGGGAUACCGGCAAAUUCUGUCGGUACCACCAGCAAAACAGCCACAACACUGAAGACUGCAUUAGUUUGAGGAAGAUCAUUGAACGGCUGAUUCGGGAGGAAAAGCUGGACCAAUACAUCGCUAGGCCGCAGCAGGCGCCUGCCGCAAACGCCAAUCAGCAGAUCAACAUGAUCAGUACGAUCAGCGUAGGCCUCACUCUGGCGGGACCCUCUAACCGGUCAAUAAAACAAUAUGUGCGUGCCGCCCACUACCCCCAAGUCUUCGGCAUAGAAGACGAUCGGUGCCACAAGGUCCCGAAGGUGGGGUGGGAGCCCAUCACAUUCUGUGAAGAAGAAGAAGAAGGGAUCAUUUACCCCCACGAUGACCCAAUGAUCAUUCGUGCCUAG